GAGAGGAGGAGGAGAGGGCUCAAGGAACCAUCUGUCGUGGGACGGGCUGGCCAGCUGGGGCGUUGAGCCUGGAGGAAGGAGGCAGCAGCAGCAGCAGAAGCCCUCGGAGUAGCAGCAGCCGCGACCACAGAAACAAGUUCCAGCCACACUGCGGCUCCUUGGUUCGGAGCAGCCACAGUCGCCUGCCGCGAUGGCGCUGCAAAGCCUAGCGAGCGAGGAAGCCAAGGGGCCCUGGCAGGAGGCAGACCAGGAACAGAAAGAGCCAGUGGAUAGCCCAGAGCGGGAGCUAGAGCCCGAGCCUGAGCCCAAGCCCAAGCCCAAGUCGGUGCCAGUGCCCCUGCCAGAGCCCCAGCGGGAACCUCAGCCCCUACCGGACCCUGAAUCCCUGCGGGAGCUGGAGUUUGAGUCCGAUCCGAUGCACGAACCAGAGCCCGCGCUCACAGUGGAGACCCGCGGCACUGCGCGCAGCUUUCAGCCUCCGGAAGGUGGCUUUGGCUGGGUGGUGGUGUUUGCUGCCACUUGGUGCAACGGCUCCAUCUUCGGCAUCCAUAACUCCGUUGGGAUCCUCUACUCCAUGCUGCUAGAGGAGGAAAAAGAGAAAAAUCGCCAAGUGGAGUUCCAAGCAGCAUGGGUAGGAGCUCUUGCAAUGGGUAUGAUCUUCUUCUGUUCUCCCAUUGUAAGUAUAUUCACUGACCGUUUGGGCUGCCGAAUCACAGCAACUGCUGGGGCUGCUGUUGCUUUCAUUGGUCUCCAUACCAGCUCCUUCACCAGCUCCCUAAGCCUGCGCUACUUCACCUAUGGGAUUCUCUUUGGCUGUGGCUGUUCCUUUGCCUUUCAACCAUCCCUCGUCAUCCUGGGCCACUACUUUCAACGCCGCCUGGGGCUGGCCAAUGGUGUGGUAUCUGCUGGGAGUAGCGUCUUCUCCAUGUCCUUCCCCUUCCUCAUCAAAAUGCUGGGGGAUAAGAUCAAGCUGGCCCAAACCUUCCAGGUGCUAAGUACCUUCAUGUUUGUCCUUAUGCUGCUUUCACUCACCUACCGGCCCCUCCUACCCAGCUCCCAGGACACCCCAAGCAAGAGAGGUGUCCACACCCUGCACCAGCGCUUUCUGGCUCAGCUUAGGAAGUACUUCAACAUGCGAGUGUUCCGCCAACGCACCUACCGUAUCUGGGCCUUCGGGAUUGCUGCUGCUGCCCUUGGCUACUUUGUUCCCUAUGUACACCUGAUGAAGUAUGUGGAAGAGGAGUUCUUGGAAAUCAAGGAAACAUGGGUGCUCUUGGUGUGUAUCGGGGCUACCUCAGGCCUUGGGCGUCUCGUGUCAGGCCACAUCAGUGACUCCAUUCCUGGACUUAAGAAGAUCUACUUGCAGGUCCUCUCCUUCCUGCUCCUGGGUCUGAUGUCCAUGAUGAUUCCUUUGUGCCGAGACUUCGCUGGCCUCAUCGUCGUCUGCCUCUUCCUGGGCCUUUGUGAUGGCUUCUUCAUCACCAUCAUGGCCCCCAUUGCAUUUGAACUGGUGGGCCCAAUGCAAGCCUCGCAAGCCAUUGGCUACCUACUGGGUAUGAUGGCCCUACCGAUGAUUGCUGGGCCCCCCAUUGCAGGCCUCCUCCGCAACUGUUUUGAGGACUACCAUGUGGCCUUCUACUUUGCCGGUGUGCCCCCCAUCAUCGGGGCUAUAAUCCUCUUCUUCGUCCCUCUAAUGCAUCAAAGGAUGUUCAAGAAAGAGCAGAGGGAUUCCAGCAAGGAUAAAAUGUUGGCCUCUGAUCCAGACCCCAAUGGGGAGCUACUGCCAGGCUCCCUCAGCCCUGAAGAACCAAUCUAAUGCCUCUUUCUUGUCAUUGUAUGCUCUUCCCUAGCCUUUCCCCUUUAUCCCACCCUGCUCAGCUUUUACAUGUUUGCCACCAGCACACUUGUUUGCAAACCUGUGCACACAGCAUUUCAGCCACCUGACCAUCCCCUUGGAGCUAAAGCUCCAGGUGUUCCAAACUCAUUAACCAAAUUCUCCCCAUAAAUGCCUUUAAAUUUGCCAGGGACCUUCUCUUCCCAGGGAUCUGGGAAAGUGUGGGAUCAUCCCCUGACCUUUGGAAACUCUCUGUAUCCUUUCUAACCUCUGGGAGAGGAGCAGAAUGGGACCUUCUGCCCCAAGCUUAUUAGUCACCCACUAAAAUCAACUGCCAAAGGUGCUACUGUGUCCCCAGGAGCCCAGUGGGGAAUACCUAAGCCUGUUUUCUGAAGAAUUUAUUCUGGGAGUUCAUUGCCAUCCAUCUUUGGAAGCCACUGGUCAGGGGGAGAGAAGGGAGGCAAAAUAAUAUAAAGACCUUUGUUUAGCCUCAGAAUUUCUAAGGGCUCUGGCUUCCUAGGAACUGUGUACUGGCAGUAUCCUCAUCAUAAAGUUGGUUAACAAUCUGCUUCCCUCUUCCUUUCCUUCUUUUUUUUCCUCUACUGUCUUCUCUCCCUUCUGUUCUCCCUCUAUUUCUUUUUAUGACUGUCAAAAACACAUGGGUGCUGGGGAAAAGGAGGGACCCAUUCACAGCUUGGGCCAAUCAGCCUCACCUUGGCACAGUGUAACUCUAACACUAACAUAAUCCCACUCAUCUCAGGCUGAGCCUCAUCAUAUUUUUUGGCUCAAGCUGACUUGAGCUGACUUGAGACAAAAGUCAGACUGGAAGAGUAGAGUAUUAUUUAGGGAAGGACCUUAGCUAUCAUGGAGUUCCAUUUCCACUCACUGAUUUUUACAGAUUUCCCAGUCCAAUGCAUUAAUUUAGUGGCCCUUGCAGCCCCCCAUCUUUUUAUCUACCUGUCAAAAUGUGAUGAAACCCCUUUCAUCUGAGUAGACAGAAGAGGACAGGUGAAAGUAAGCUGGCAUGGUGGGAGUAGGAACAGUGGUUAUUGACAUGGCAAAGGACCAACUUCUCCAUCUCUCAGUUUUCAUAAAUCAAUAUUUCCACCUGGGUUAGGGCAGAAAAGGGACUGUUUGAGGGGAAAAAAAAAAAAAAAAAAACUAUUCCUAACCUGGAUCCCAAAAAGGUACAGGCAGCAGCUGUACACAUAGUUGGACAACUUUGUUUCAGAAGGGGAAGCCAUCUUACCCUUUACAACCCAAUCUGUCUCCCAUACUGGGCAUCCUAGGCCACUCUGCUUGGUGGGCAUUAAAGAUGCCAUGAAAGGUAGACUCUGGACCACCUUCAUCUCUCUGAAGCAUGUAUCAAAUUCUUCCCUAUGCCCCAAUUCUGGGCAACAGUCUUAUUGAAGAGCAUUCCCAGUGCCCUUGGCAUGCAGAGGGCACUACCAGGCUGCUCACUCCAUUAGGAGUUCAUCCUCACUCUGCAUCUUUGUGUCUUUUUGCCACUUUCUGGGCCUUUGUCUAUUGUGUUCCUGUCACCCAUUCUUUCAUCAUCUUUUUGCCAGGCAUUCCUGGCUGUCACUUGGAGCCAACAAUAAUUUGCCUCUCCAACCCAGGGUCAUCCUAGGACCAGGAGGAUGAGAUUGCCCUGAAAGGCUCCAAAGAAGACAACAGUCCCACCCAUAAGUUUUCCGUUACAAACAGGCAGCUGGGGCAUGAUUGACCUCUGAUGAUUUGAUUCAAGGCCAAAGUUCUGAGCCCCUUUUGCCGGUCCCAGUCCAGCUCAUAUCAAUUUCCCAAAGGAAAACCCAUGGGUUCUUAGCUCUGCAGGUAGAAAUGGACCAAGUUACUAUCCUGUCAGUUGAAACAGCAAUAGAAAAGGAGAAGCUGGGUCCCAGGAGCCCUGGAACUUACAGGAGAGACCACUGAAAAUACUAGUGCAACAACGCCCCUGCUCCCUGCCCUACAACCACUAAGUCAGUGGAGGGCAAUUCUGCAGGGUCAUCUUUGUUGCUCAUGGUCAGAGAGCUCUUUAAGAACCAGGCUGCCAUCUACUUCUCUCCAGAUGAAGAGAAGACAUUCACAGGUCCCAAAUCUGCCCAUUCAGGUGUCACAUAACAUAGCAGGGUGUCAAUUUACUUCUUCCACACGUGUAGAUGUCCAUAUGUGAGCUUUUGUGCUUUUGGAGAGAAUGUUGAUUGGCAAAAGCAGCACAGUAUUAAUAUUUAGAGUAGGAUGCAAUCCUCUUAUGCUCCACAGUUAAAACUGGAAGAAUGAACAAAAUUUCAGAACUUGAGAUGUGCGACAUUGAACUCCUCAAGGGGUUUGGAACAAAAUAAACAGAUCUAAAAAUUUG